AUGCAUCGAGGACGUCGAGAUGACGAACGACGUCUUCUGCCACCCAUCGACCCUAAUUCUAUGGUCAGAAGACAGGUCAGCUUCAGCAGGAUACCUUCCAUGUCCAGUCUAGAUCCUAACGAAGAUCCUGCGAGUGGUCUUGAACGAGUGUCUUCAAUUUCUUCUAUGCAGAAUCAUCAACGAAGACGAGAACGAGAAAAAAGACUUAGGAUUCAGCAACAAAUUCGAAGAAAUGAGAUGCCCGAGACUUCUGUCCACACUUUGAGUGACGUCUACGAGAGUCUGGACUACGAGGUUGUGGACAAUGAGUUGUAUAGGAAUGAAGAAGCCAGCAAAGAUCAUGAUGUGAGUUGUUUACAUUUAUUGAUUCUGUUUUAGAGGAACCUGAGGUUAACUUCUAGAAACAGAUGGCUUGCAUGUUUGCUUAUUGGAAUUGCGAUUGGAUUGAUUGGAGUUGUGGUUGAUAUUGCCGUUUAUUAUAGUUCUAAACUUAAAUAUCACAUUAUUAUCAAUGGCCGUAGGUUAUUACAAGUUUUCUCUACGUCAUGCUCCUGAUAGUAUGAUUCAUUUUUAUAUUGUAUACAAACAAAUUUUAAACUUAUUAUACUUCAAGAUUACACAUUUUAGUGGUUGACAUAUGUGAAAGUGGUGGUAUUGGAAAUGGAGGGUGUAUGUGGCUAGUGCUUACUGCAUGGGCUUCGUACAAUUGUAUUCUUGUAGCUUUAGCGUCGUUGAUGGUUGUAACAGUAUCUGGUUGUGCUGCUGGAUCUGGUAUUCCAUUGAUAAAGUGCUUCUUAAAUGGCGUGCAGAUUCCUGGAGUUGUGACGGUUAAGACCUUGCUUGCAAAAGUUGUUGGAGUUGCAUGUUCUGUGGCUGGUGGGCUGGCUGUUGGGAAGGUAAUCUAUUAAUAUAUUAUUUAUUGUAAUUUAGUUUUUAAUCAUAUUUAAUGUUUAAAGUCUUAUUAAUUAAUUGCAUAACUUCAGGAAGGUCCUAUGAUUCACUCUGGAGCAGCAGCCGCUGCUUUGAUACCUCAAAUUAGGUUUACAAUAUUUGGUCGGGAGUUUGAUAUCUUUCGAAGUUUUCGAAAUGACAGAGAAAAGCGAGACUUUGUCUCAGCUGGAGCGGCCGCUGGGGUGUCGGCUGCUUUUGCAGCUCCAAUUGGAGGAGUUUUGUUCAGUUUAGAGGAAGGAGCCAGCUUCUGGAACCAGUCUAUGACUUGGAGAAUGGUAAUAUUUUUUGUUUUCACAUCGUUUUAUGUUUUGGCUGAUCAGAGUUUUAUUUUAUAUCUUCUUUUUUAGGUAUUCACCGCUUUGGUUUCUACGUUCACUUUAAAUUGUUUCUUGAGUUUCUUCUAUGGCUUACCUGGUUAUCUUUCAUGGAGCGGAUUGGCAAAUUUUGGAGUUUUUGAGGUAAUGUUCUAGUUACCUGUUGUUUAUCCGUUGAUUCUUCUUAAUUUUAUAAUGGAUUAUUGUUCAGAACAAGUCGUACAAUGUAUGGGAAGUACCAUUCUUUGCCGCGAUUGGGGCUUUGGGAGGACUGUCUGGAGCUUUGUUCAACUGUUUGAAUUGUAAACUAACACUGUUUAGAAAGAAGUAAGUUGUUUCGUUUUCACAUUCGGUAUAUGGGUAAAAAAUUAGUACUCGUUACUUUUAUGCACUGUGUCAUCAUAACAUUUGUUUAGUUAUAUCCGAAACCCAUACCAGAAGUUUUUCGAAUGCCUAUUGGUGGCUGCGGCUUCAGCUUUUGUUGGUUUCAUUACCUUGUUGUUGGUGGAUGAUUGUCAGCCAAUUGGAGUGAAUCCUGGUCUAACUGACGUCACAAAACUAUGGUGCCCUCGAGGGAAAUACAGUGCUGUAGCCAAUCUGUUCUUCCAGAAUCCAGAAGAAAGUGUCAAGAGUUUGUUUCACAGUCCAUUCAGUAAGUUAAUUCGAACUUAUAAUUGUGAUUGAUGAAAGCAGGAUAAACUACAGUAGCAGGUUAUUUAAGUAUUUUUUGUAUUGUCACUUUUACUCACAAGGGAAAGGCAAAUAGGGGGGUAUCGCACCUAGGACUGAGACCUAUAUUAUGUGAAAGAACAUGAAAAGUUAUGUAGAAAUCAAAAUUUUUAGCGGCCCAAAGUCAUAUACUGAAAAGUUACAGUAAUAUAAAGUUUUUCCUAUGAAAUUUCUUAUUAGAGAACACUCUGGAAGAAAGCGCCGAAAACGAGAGAAGAGCUCUGUGUGUUCUGGUGGCCCAGUGGGUCGAAGUCUAGCCUUGUAUUCCAAAGGCUGAGAGUUCAAAUCCCACUGCGGUCACACUUUUGCUAUCGCUUUAUUUUAAUGCCUGCAGGUUUGCAAAAAUGUUGUAAUUUUUUUAUUUUGGCAAAAAAAAGACUAAUAAGCGUUUUUAAAGAUUUUUUUAAUUUUUAUUUUAUUUAAUGGCAAAAUUAGGCAGUCAAAAUAUAUUCGUUUUACUAUACAGUGUUAAAGUUUAAACGUUUCUUAACGCUUUAAUUUUAAUAAAGUAACAGUUCUUUUUAUUAAAAAGAACAUUAACAACCAUUAAAAAGAUUAUUUUAAAGUUUCAGAACAAAGCACAGAAAAAAAAUUUUUUAAAUUUUUUCCAAAAAAAUCCACAGGGGGGGGACCCUUUGGAAUCUUGGAAAGUCAUAAACAUUGAAUUACUGUAACUUUUUAGUAUAUGACUUUGGGCCGCUAAAAAUUUUGAUUUCUACAUAACUUUUCACGCUCUUUCAAAUGAUAUAGGUCUCAGUUCUAGGUCCGAUACCCCCUAUUUGCCUCUCCCUUGUCACCAUAAUUUCCUUCAGAUGCCCUUCGCCCAAUGACAUUGUUGGUGUUUGCAGUACAGUACUUCUUCAUGACUUGCUGGGUCUAUGGUUUGGCGCUGCCUGGAGGUGUGUUCAUCCCAUUACUACUGACUGGGGCAGCAUGGGGUCGGUUGAUUGGUUUGGGAGUGGAAAGUGUGUUCCCCACUAUGGCAGGUAUUGAUCCAGGAAAGUAUGCGUUGGCUGGAGCAGCAGCUCAGUUGGGUGGAGUGGUUAGGAUGACCAUCAGUUUGACCGCUAUCAUCAUGGAGGCUACCAAGGAUAUCACCUUUGUCAUGCCCAUCAUGAUCACUCUGUGGGCGGCCAAGUUUGUCGGAGAUUACUUUAAUGAGGUGCUGUCGUUAAACUUUUCAGAUAAAAAUAAGUAAAUUUUGAUAUUUCAUUUUUUAUGACCAUGGGCCAUUUCAGGGUAUCUACGACAGUAACAUCGAGCAGCUGGAAAUCCCGCUUCUUGGGUGGCAUCCUCCUAAGUUAGGGCGCAACAUCUUGACCCAGAACAUCAUGAGGAAAGAUGUGGUGGCACUACAACCGAAAGAAAGAGUGGGUCAUAUUCUGGACAUCCUCAAGUCAACCAAACAUCACGCGUUCCCAGUUGUAGACAAGAUUGAAGCCGGAGUUACAGAAGCACAGUUCCCGGAUUACGGUAGAUUGAUGGGACUGAUACUACGAUCACAGCUAUUUGCUCUGUUAAAGAAGAGACACUUCACGAUCGACGUAGAAGGAAGACAUCCAGUGCCUGGGGCCGAGCCCAUCUGCUUGUCUGACUUUAACAAGGAGUGCUCUAGGUAAAAUCAUCAUGUUUUAUAUAUUUAAUUAGAUUUUAAUCAAUUUUUGAUAUUUACUAUUAUCUUUUUAUUAACUAGCAAGUUUAAUUUAUAAUAUCUAAUUUAGUUCUGAAACCCCAUUACACGAACUAAACAUAUCAGGGGAAGACGAACGAGCUUGGAUGAGUUUCCGACCAUUCAUCCAUCAAUCUCCCCAUCGAGUACCUGUAAAUGCAUCUCUGGGCUCUAUCUACAAGUUAUUUAGAGGUCUCGGCUUAAGACACAUCUUUGUGGUGAACGAUGAUAACAGAGUAAGGUUUUUUUUAUUUCGGGGCAUGGAACUACAGUUAUGAAUAGCUACAUUCUGUCAAAGAAAACCUUUUACGUAAUUAGGUACUCAACAUCUAAUUUCAGUUACGUGGUAUUAUAACUCGCAAAGAUGUGGCGAGAUUCCAGGAAAAACGAAUAAAAGGGAGGCUUAUCAUCCAAGAAGCCUACAUCACUAACACCACGGACACCGAUGGCAAUUAAACCCUAGUCACUUUGGCAUUUUUCUUAAUUUUCACUUUUGGCAUUUCGUCGAUUAUACCGGUUAUUAUCUAGUAAAGUAUUUAUUGUUAAAUUGGAUUUUGUUACAGUAGUUUGCAUCUAAAAGUUACCUGAUCAGUUUUUGUUGCAUACUUCGUGAAUGCGAAUUCGUUAGUCGUGGAAUACAGGUAACGUCAUUUUCUAAUAUUUUUAGAUGUUUUUGUUGUUCCUACUGCCUCUGACCGCACUUGCCUGGAAUGUGCCAUUAGAUCUUCAGGUUGCAGGUAUGCUUUCCCUUAUUGAUAAAGUAUAGGAAAUUUAGGGAGAUCUUUCAAUGAGUUUGGCACAAUCACAGUCGAGAAGGACCACGAAGGGAAUUACACAGGAUUCUUCAGAUCCAGAUUCCCAGUAUCCAGAAUCGAAGACACGCUUCUGAACAACCUGGAAGCCGCCUACAAGAUCAAAGCAGAUUCUGUUUGGUCUUCGAACACAGUCUGCCUAAUGCUGAAAGCAAACCUCCAGCACGAAUUCCACGUUACUAUAGACGGGUUGAGGAACAAAGUCUUAUCAUUGACAGUAUUCCCCAGCAGUCUUCACUCUGUUGGGAAGACUGAAUGUGCUCAAGAAGAGUUCAAAGGCCAGCUGCCAUCAGUGAUCGAAGGAAAAGUGUUGGUUACCUCAGUCAGCGGUCUACCAGCGUAAGUUUUACUACUUUGGGUAUUAGUUUGAAACACCAAUAUAGGUAGAAUAUAGGGGGGACGAAAUUUUUUAAGUAUUCUAUAAAUAAAAUAAUAUUUGAAAACUCAACAGCAUCGUUUUAGCCCUGAUGUUGCAACUUAUGUAAAACGAAUGGCAGAAGAAAAGGCCGCUAGACAACAUGGUGCUGCUCAGGAUAACAGGUCUUUCUUGGCCAAAUACGUAAGUACUUAAGAGAUAUAAUCAAAAUAAUUUCAACCUUUAUAUAAAUACACGUUAAAAACAAUUAAUUACCUUAACAAACGAUAAAAACAUUCACUGACCGAUGUUGUUUUAGUGGAUGUACAUUGUGCCAGCCGUCAUCUUCUUGCUCAUUACAAACGCGGUAGGCGCCGACCAACCUUCCGAGUAA